UGUGGGGUACGUCGCCGAAACGCUACCAUCAUGACUAUGAUCGCAUGGAGUGUAGUUUUCUCGGUCCUCGCUGUCUCUGUUGGGUUAUAUCAGCUAUAUGUGGUGCCAAUCAUGGACGCACUCUCCAUCUUCCGAAUUCAUCAACCCCUGAACAAUUUCACGAACUGUAUCACUAUCCCAGAACUUCAGGCCUGUGAAAAGAUUGUCCUACACCAACCAUCCGGCAAGCUCUUCCUCGCCUGCUCGACUCCCGAAAGUCGAUCCCGCUGGUCACCGUCUGGUCAAGAUUUCGACGCAGAACACCGUUCGACUGAAGAUUAUGUCGCCAUUUUCGACCCCAGAUCCAAGGAAAUUACACGUCUAGCCCUGGAUAAAUUUGAUUCUGACAGAGGAUUGUCGGUUCAUGGCAUGGACGUAGUUCCGUCGUCUUCCAAUCCCAACGAACUCUUCGUGUAUCUGGUCAACCAUCGUCCACCUCGUCAUGGUGACCCAAGAGCAGUUGGCGCAGAUUCGGCAGUAGAGAUUUUCAAAACCACACUUACUAGCGGGAAAUUAGUUCAUAUCAAAACCGUUGAGGACCCCUCCAUUAUUACUCCCAACGACCUUAUUGGCGCUAUGGAUGGAAAGAGCUUUUACUUUACCAACGAUCACGCUCAUAAAGUUCUACUGUUACGAACACUCCGAGAGUUUUUCAACCCCGCCACGUCGAUUGGAUACUGUCAUGUUGACGAUGGAUGCAAGCUCGUUGCAAAGAAUAUGAAGCAUCUCAAUGGAAUUGUACAAGCUCCAAAUGGAACCAUAUAUGUCGGAAGUUGCCUCGGGAAAGCAGUCCGUGUUUACGAUAGGCAGGAAGACAAUAGCAUCGUUUUGACGGACGUUAUUUCAUAUGAGACCGCUAUAGACAAUCUGUCUAUCGAUACUGACGGGGUCCUGUGGGCAGCCGGAUUCCCCAACGCACUGGCCAUGGUUAAUUAUAUCAAACAUCGGUCGACCACAGCCCCAUCAGUCUCGUGGAAACUUAGUAUCAAUACGGGCCCCAGUUCAUUCUACGGGGAGAAAUUCAAGAUUGAAAGGGCCUUCGAGGAUAGCGGGAACCUUGCUCCAGGUUCGACGACUGUCGUACACGACGCCCAACGCGGAUUGGUAUUCAUGCACGGCAUGGUUUCUCCAUGGUUAACAGUUUGCAAAGUCUGAUAUCUCCUCACAACUUAAAAGUUCAUAUUUAACCUUGAGUACUUGAAAAUAAUCAAAGUACUUCAUAAAGGCCAUCAGCUCAUG